GAAGCCGCCGUCGUGAUCGGAGACACAGGAUGCGGCCGCUCGAGAGGCCCGAGGCAGACAUCGACCAACCGUCCCCCGUUUCCAUGAAGCUGUCGUCGUGAUCGAAGACACAGGAUGCGGCCUUCUGGAAGGCCCGAGGCAGACUUCAGAAAUCGUCCAACCGUUUCGCGUUUCCGGGAAGCCGCUGUCGUGAUCAAAUACACAGGAUGCAGCCGUUCGAGUGGGCCCAGGCAGAUUUCGGAAAUCGGCCAACCGUUUCGCGUUUCGAGGAACGUGAGAAUAGCCAGGAUGCGGCCAUUCGGAGGGCCCAGGCAAAUUUCUGGAGCCAGCCAACCAUCUCCCGUUUCCAGGAAGCCGCUGUCAUAAUCGAAGACACAGGAUGCGGCCUUUCGAAAGGCUCGAGGCAAAUUUCGGAAAUCGACCAACCGUUUCCCGCUUUUAAGCGCUCUUGGGCCUCUUUAAUGGUCGCCACAAGUGGAGAAGUGUGGGCGUUGAGGCAGUGCAGGUAAAAGCAGCAUUGGUCCUAGAGCGGGAACAGGGAAGCGGAAGGCUGACAACGGGGAACGGUUUGGUGGUGGUCUUGGCAGCAAAAGCGAUGGCAGCUCACAGAGAAUUGGGCAUCUCUGUCGGAGAUGGUCGCUAAAUGCAACGACUUUCAGAUUUCUGUUGAUGGAAACUUGAUAACCAAUUGCUGUAUCACGUAAACGGUUCUAAGGCUAAUGCUGCUUUUAUCUAACAACACUACUACACGAAACGGCCAAAUGUACACGGCCAUCGCAAAACGGGAAGAUGCACGAGCUAGCGCUUUGUAAGGUAGACAAAUACUAUAUCAGCUUUCCAAAUCCUAGAAACGGUAAAUCGGCUGUCUAGAGGUUGAUUGUCCAGAGAUUGAUUGACAACUCGCCCAAAACCUCCUGACAUUAGUUCAUGGACCACUCACCUCUAACACCUCUUUAUUCUAAGAUUUAAUUUAUUCCGUUUUUUCUAAAACAGCCUAAGUCAUCAUGUUUACAUUUCAGACAUAGUUGCAAAACACUCAGGAGCAUGGCUUUGAUGAUUCCAUGGUCGACAGGUCGUUAUAGGACCAACUUCUAGCCAGGGAACAGAGGCUCGAGAGUCAAACUUACCGAAAACAGCUUACAUAGCCUUCAAUUAAAUCCUAUCGUUACUUAGAGAAACGCUGGCGCGAGCAAGUAGAUCCGUUCAUGAUAAGUAUCAUGUUUAACCCUAACAGGUACCAUGUGAACAUUGGCCUAGACGGGGAGAAAUGUCUUGCAAGGGGGUCUCCUUGUCCAACUCCUAGUCGCCUAAAGAAUUUCAUAGCCUAGUAUGCUGAAACUAGCAAUGGCACAUUAAGAAGCAAGCCUACACAAGUCUUAAUGAAAAACUAGUUGCAAGACUUAGGCGCUAUGAUCUAUCAAGAGACAGGAACAAACAUACCAAAAGUGCUUAACGAGCAUGUCUGAUGGAGAAGCGCGGAAGUACUCGCAUAUCAGGGACUUUGGCUUGGUCAUCAGGAUCAGCGCUGCAACAACUGAAGAG